AUGGGGGGUGCAGUGGUAGGCGGCGAGUCUGAGAAGACUUACACAGCUAACUUCACAUGGUACAUGUUUUUCAGCUGCACUGUUGCAGCCAGCGGAGGAGCGCUCUUCGGAUGGGACAAUGGUGUCACGGGGGGAGUUGUAUCAAUGAAGGGCUUCCUGGAGAAAUUCUUCCCGGACAUUCUGACCAGGGAAUCAACGCAGGUAGGUGUUGGCGAUCUGUACUGCACCUAUGAUGAUCAGAGGAUCCAGUGGUUCACCUCCAGCCUCUUCCUUGCUGGGGCUGUCACUGAAAUCUCAGGCACUACAGCUCGCCUCAACAGGAACUACGGAAGGAAGUUCACCAUGUUUGCCUCCGGCAUCAUGUUUGAGAUCGGAGCAAUUCUGCUGGCAGCCGCAGAGCACUAUGUCAUGCUCAUCUUGGGGCGCGUCUUCCUAGGCAUUGCGAUUUCAUUUGCCAGUGUGUCGGUGCCGAUGUACAACUCUGAGAUGGCGCCUCCUCAGCUGCGUGGCAGGCUGAGUCAGCUCUUCCAAGUAGUCCUCACCUUUGCUAUCUUCGCCGCCCAGGUGAUCAACAUUGGCACGGAAAAGCUGUAUCCGUGGGGGUGGCGCCUGUCUUUGGGCUUGGCUGCUGUGCCAGCCACCACCCUGCUGCUGGGAGGCAUCUUCCUGGAUGAUACUCCCAACAGUCUCAUUGAGCGCGGGCACCCAGAGAAGGCGAGGCGGGUGCUGGAGAAGAUCAGAGGCACAACUGAUGUGGACGAAGAGUAUGCAGACAUUUUUGAGAAGGCCGAGCUGGCCAAGCAGGUCACCAACCCAUGGACUCUGCUCCUGUUCCACAAGAAGUACAGGCCACAGCUGGUGUGUGCAGCAUGCAGCACUCUCUUCCAGCAGUGGACCGGUAUCAACACCAUCAUUUUCUAUGCGCCACAGCUCUUCCUGUCCCUUGGGGGCUCAAGGACCGACGCGCUGAUCGCCACGGUGGUUGUUGGCCUCUGCAAUCACUUCAGCACGUACGUGAGCUUCUGGUCGGCCGACAAAUUUGGCCGGCGCUUCCUCUUCCUGCAGGCAGGAAUUCUCAAAUUUCCCAUUCCCCUCAUGUACAGCAUACAAUGCUGCAUGCAAUCCUCAUCUUCAAAUCCCCUCAUGAACCCAGCGCCCAGCUGGCUUGGCUGGUACAUAAUGGCCUUCAUCCUGCUCUUUGACUCCGCCUAUGCCUGGUCCUGGGGCCCUCUGGGUUGGGUCUAUCCCUUUGAGAUCCAGCCUCUUGAGACUCGCCCAGCCGGCGGAGCAGUGGCAUCCCUCAUGAACCUGCUAUUCUCCUUUGUCAUUGGGCAGACCUACCUCAGCAUGCUCUGCACCAUGAAGUGGGGCGUGUUCCUCCUCUUUGCCUUCUGUGUCCUGGCAAUGACUAUUUCUGUGGCCCUCUUCUUCCCAGAAACCAAGGGGGUCCCAAUUGAGGACUGCCCCUUUGUCUUCAAGAAGCAUUGGUACUGGAAGAAGUUUGCCAACAUCAAGGAUCCCCACUCCCUUCAGGAGCGAAUUCUCGAGCAGAAGAGAGCCGCCGAAAGGGGAGUCACUGCCGAGAAUGGCGCCAGCAAUGGAGUGGAUGGCGACGCAAUCAAUGAGAUUGAGAUGCGCAGGGCCGAGCAGUGAGUUUGACACUGCCGGUGUGUCCAUACUCCGGAGUGAGAAACCAACUUAUGCUUCCUCUGGAGCGGCAAGUGCUGCAGCCCAUAAACUUGCCAUUGCCUGCAGUGGGGCGGUGGGACGGCUCUGCAGGCCUAUGCUGGGGUGGACUUUGUCCCUCACAACUGCUGGUAGAAGUUUUCUUUCCAGCUGCACAAGCUGGAGGUGAUCACUGCAAUCAACUCAUAAUUUUGAAGAAGACUGUAUGUCUCCAACGGCGGAUGCAGAUGAGGAGCUACUGGCAUGCAGCAUCAUUUUUUUGUGCCAACAUUGAAGCUGGCAAGCAGUUGCUUUGUAUCGUGUAUUGUGUGCCUGUCAGUCGGGCCAAAAAUCAUGCCGUCGAAAGUUUCUGUGGCCAAUUGAACGAAUGCGCCACUAAGAUGAGUGCAUUAUUAUGGGAUCCUGGUCUUGGAAGGGAUUUCCGCUUGAAGUAUCAUGCGGCAUCCUGCAUGUCUGCAAUGUGUUAUCUAUUUUCUUUGCACGUUGUGCAUGCAAUAGGCGUGAACAAAUGUACCAACAUGCUUGAAGGAUAUUUCCUUGUGUCUAUGGCAGCUCACUUUCAUUUUGGGUGCAUCGGAAGUCAGCGGUAUGCUUCAGGAAGUAGAUUGUACUGGAUGAAUUGGACUGAGGACAUUUAAUACUGCAAAUUUAGAGGCAAGCUUGGAGUGCCAGAAAUAGGAAGACACUGAUUGAAAUAUUGAUAAUGAGUUGUCAAUCUGCAUUCUGGUUUGCAUUCUUGGAAGGUGAGGCUGUAUGUCUAAUGCUUAGUCGUUGCUGGUGACCCUUCGCUCAGCCAGGCACAUCCCACUGGGAUUGAUGGAUACAUUCAUUCGAUGAAUUUAUGUGUAAAAGAAAUUUAAGCUC